AUGGUGGUCGUAAAAAGUGACCCGUCCACGAUGGUGCAAGAGCUUCCGUACAACGUGCCUGAAGAGCUUUACAAUCUGACUCAGCUAGCUGACGUAUCGAUCGCGGCGGGUAAGCUGAACACAGACGCCAACCAGGACUGCUGGCCACAGUCUCGGAACUAUGCUGAACCCAGUGGCUUUCUGCACGGCCCCGGAGCAGCCAAACUGUUCAGCCCAGUGAAGUACAACAUCCUACGAUACCGUAACGCAUCCAGCAAGGAACGAACACCAUCGCCUUCUGCCAAACACGUGAGUCCGAAUCAAACCAUACUAGUGGAAGAGAUCGAACGAGGACGUGUCACGAAACAACACACCCUCGCAGCGAUGGGUGAGCUUGAGGAUGACGUGAGAAUGAACGCAGUACCGGCGAAGAAGAAGUGGACCAAGAAGUGGAAGAUAAUCCAUGGCCCGGUCAAUCCGAUCGUACCGCCACCAGCACAGCCGCAGGUAGACCGAAUGGCAACCCAUGUGUCACCGGUAUCGCAGAUGUCCGUUUCAGCCGAUGAUGCAGGAGAUAACGAACGUUCCUUUAUCUAUUACGCACCCACGAUAAGGAGUUCCAACGAUAGCGCCCCGCAUAUCAGCGAGGCGGGGUGUCCAAACGAUGGCGAUAAGGAUGUGAAGUUGUACACUAUAAUAGGAGGUCCUGGCGAGAAGGAGUCUGUCAGUUGCUCCGGUAAUUCCGGCCGACUCGGCACGGGCCAUGUCGUUGGCCAUUUCGGUGCUGCGACGUCAUCAGAGGAAUCGCUUGAUGAUGGGUAUUACUCCCAUAAAGUGUUCGAUCGCAAGAAGACGCGCAAAAUCCGCACGGUGUCGGUUACGAGCAGUGGCAGUGUAGUGAGUGGAGUUCCAGGAUUGUCAGAAACUGACGGAACAUCCCAGGAUGGGAGAACAUCCCAAGAUACGGUCGAAGAUGCAGUCACGUUGACGUCUCUCAGUGGAAGUGAUCCCGAAGCAUCGCUAGACGUCGGUUGCGAAUCCGGUCCUGAUAGUGGAGAUCAUGCCAUGAAGAGUAGUGACGAGAAUUCAGGAACCUCUCGCAUGGAAGACGUCCACAUCUGUCCGGAGUGCAACAAGCGCUACUCGACGUCAUCUAACCUGGCAAGACACCGUCAGACGCACCGCUCCCUCGAGGACCAGAAAGCCCGCCGGUGUCCAUACUGCUCGAAGGUGUACGUUUCGAUGCCGGCCUACUCGAUGCACGUCCGAACACACGACCAGGGGAGCAAAUGUCCGACGUGCGAUAAGCGCUUCUCUCGGCCGUGGCUGUUGCAAGGACACAUCCGCACGCAUACAGGCGAGAAACCCUUCAAGUGUGCCGUCUGCAGCAAGGCUUUCGCUGACAAGUCAAACCUACGGGCGCACGUCCAGACGCACUCGAACACCAAACCGCAUAAGUGCGCCCGCUGCGGGAAGUCCUUUGCACUCAAGUCCUACCUGUGCAAGCACGAGGAUUCCUCCUGCCAGAAAAACGAUAAACCUCCGAAGGUUCGCAAACCACCAACUACGGUUCGCGUACGACGCAGAGUUUCGAAAGCCGAUCGAAUGGAGUCGAUCACCACACCGGUGGUUGAUGAGCAGACGUCUAUCAGUGGGCCUGCGCACGUUGUAAACGCUCAGCAGCAAUCACCCGACACUCGGUACAACUAUCCUUCAAACGUACCGCUAAAGGACAUGUUGAGAGCAAAGAUACGCGAGGUUGUGGAGGACAACUGCAAGCGAACGGCUCGUAUGUUGGCGGCCUCAAAUGCGUCCCAGCAUGACAGUGCCGCUCAGGAAGCACCCGUCCAGGAUAACCGCAUCAGUGUCAUUCGCAUCGCAGGAUCACCGGCAGGAUAUGCGCUGAACGGUGCAAGGAUGCCUGCUGCGAGUGGGUCCAGUGAGUACCCGGAAAAUUACGCCGUCAGUGCGUGA